CCUUUUACGCCCAUUCUUUUACGUGUUCAAACCAGAUCUGUGCGGACGCGAGCCGCGCAAGAAUAUUGAUCGAGCUUUCGUAAUUUGGCGUAAGAAACACAAGGAACCGAUGGAACCCAAGCGCGAACGGAAGCGGCUGUACCGCGGCUUGGGCAAUCAUGAGCUCAAUCUGUCCUCCUUGUCCUCGUCGCCGGCGUCGGUAGCUAGGCAGGACAGUGCCAUAACCAUCACAAGUUCAUCACAGUCCAGUGGGACCACCCAAAUGGUCGUCUCGCCCGACGAUCCCCGCCCGACCCCCAGUGACGUGGCGGCAGAUGUACGGAAUUGGGUGUAUUUACCUAGUUAUUAUCACUCUGAUGAUUUUACAAGCUCUGAUAUGAGCCUUAACGCAGUGAACGGUACUCGGCUGCCUAACAUACAGCCAAUACCCAGGCGUCGAGAGACGGUAAUCCUAAAUAAGAAAGCCAUGGAUAUAUAUCUGGCAGGGACUACAGGCGGAACUUUCAAAUUCUGCUUAUCAGACUAAAUCGGAGCACCCAGACACUGUGUGGGAGAGAGAGUGCAAUAUGUU